UCCUUUUUUUCCAUACCAUUUCCACACAUAUUCUUCUCUAUAUCUCAUCUUUCUCUCUCUCAUAAAAAUCAGAAAAUUGUCAGAGAAUAAAAUGAACACGUUUUUAAUAGUACUCGCUUUCUGUGUUGUACUCUCCACCACUACUACUACUACUGCGUUUUCAUUCUUUGAUGAUAAUAUCCUAAACGGGUUAAUAUUGCAAAACGACACCGUAACCAUCGACUUAGCCUCAAUAGACUACGGCCACAUAGUAAAAGUAAACCCAGAAGCCGUUUUAUCCCCAACUUCCCUAAACGACAUCCAAUCCUUAAUAAAAGCCGUAAACGACAACAACUCAUCACCCACAUUGGGUAGUGCUCCUAAGACUGUAGCCGCCAGAGGGCAAGGGCACUCGGUCCGUGGUCAGUCCACGGCUGAGAAGGGCAUUGUGGUAAAUAUGACAUCUUUGGGUAGCCUUGGGAGGAGGAUUGUAGUUGUUCCAAACAGUCUUUUGGGUCCGUAUGCUGACGUGGGAGGUGAACAGAUUUGGAUUAAUGUUUUGGUUGAAACCCUAAAGCAUGGGCUGUCGCCCAUCUCGUGGACCGAUUAUUUGGGUCUAAGCGUUGGCGGAACUCUCUCAAAUGCUGGGAUUAGUGGCCAGGCUUUCCGAGUUGGUCCUCAAAUCGCCAAUGUAUACGAGUUGGAUGUUAUUACAGGAAAAGGAGAUUUAGUUACUUGCUCCAGAAUCAAAGAACCUGAACUAUUUUAUUCAGUUCUUGGAGGUUUAGGCCAAUUUGGAAUUAUUACCCGGGCAAGAAUUCCCCUAACCAAAGCACCAAAUAAGGUUAAGUGGUUAAGACUGUUUUACACAGACUUCUCAGUGUUUUCAAGAGACCAAGAGCGUUUAAUCUCAUUGAAUGGAAAAAUGAGGGAAAAGGGUGGAGUGGAAUAUGUAGAAGGUUUUCUUCUAAUGAAGCAGGGUCCUUUAGAUCUUUCCUUUUAUUCAGUGCCUGACCAGUUGAGAAUAACAACUCUUGUUGCUCAAAGCGACGUCGUUUACGUACUUGAAUUAGCCAAAUAUUACGUUGAAACGCCCCCUGUUGACGAGGAUUUGGAAGUUUUAUUGAAAGGAUUAGGGUUUAUUGCCGGGUUUGCCUUCUCGAAAGAUGUUACAUACUUAGAAUUUCUUAAUAGAGUAGCAGCUGACGAGGAAAAGCUUAGAAAGCUAGGGCUUUGGGAAGUUCCUCAUCCAUGGCUAAACCUUUUUAUCCCAAAAUCAAGAAUGUCAGAAUUCAACUCUGGCGUUUUCGUAAACAUUCUUCUUCAAAAGAAAGUUCCUGUUGGAGUCUUUAUUGUUUACCCAUUAAACCGAAACAAGUGGGAUGAUAAAAUGUCGGGUGUGAUACCAAAUGAUGAAGAAGUUUUUUACACCGUAGCUUUACUUCAUUCAAGUACGGCUGAGGAGGUUGAGGCUUUUGAUGGUGUGAAUAACCAAAUAUUGGAGUUUUGUCGUGUUGCUCGAAUUCCUGUUAAGCAAUAUCUUCCCCAUUAUGAAACACAACCUGAUUGGAUCAACCAUUUUGGAUCAAAAUGGCCAAGUUUUCAACGUAGCAAACUCACCUUCGACCCCAACAAAAUAUUGGCCCCUGGACAGAAAAUUUUUAAUUAAUUAAAUCUGUUGUAUCAAAAUAAUUUAAUCUAAUAUAUAAUUUUAUAGGCUACAACUUAAUUUUGAAUAUAUAUAAUAAAAUAUAAGGAAAUAGAAAAUGUUUCUUAGCUUUGUGUUCAAAUUAUUAAUUUUUGUAAAGCAAUUAAAUGAGUUGAUUGUGAUAUAUAUAUAUAUAAAAAUCGUCGUUGCUAUAGAUUGAAUAAUUCAACUAGGAUGAGCUUAUUAUAACUAACAAUUGGGAAUUUGGCAUUGACAAAUGGAUUUAAUUUGUAUUUGUAAUAUUGUUUUUUAUGGAAGUUUAGAGCAGCUAGC